UCCUUGUUUACCCGACUGACUCUCCCUGCCUGCUUCUCCUCUGACUAACAAUGGCUGAAGGCCAGCAGUUUGAAUUCGAAGAGGAGUUCACCUGCCCGGUGUGUCUGGAGAUCCUCAGUGACCCCGUCUCAAUCCCCUGUGGACACAAUUUUUGUCUGACGUGCCUCACCAGCUACUGGGAUGUGAGCCGAGUGUGCAGUUGUCCUCAGUGCAGAAGAACUUUUGCUCCAAGGCCUGAAUUGUGCAGAAACACCGUGCUGAAAGAAGCCAUCAAGAAACUGAAGAGGCCGGGAUUCGGUUCUCCUCGAUCUCGGAAUUACGGCAGCUCCACAGACGUGACGUGUGACGCCUGUACCGGGAAGAAGUUCAGAGCCGUGAAGUCUUGUUUGACCUGCAUGGCCUCUUUCUGUCAGAGACACCUGCAGCCUCACUUUGAAGGAGACGCCCUGAAGCACCACAAGCUGGUUGACUCGGAUCGAAACCUGAAGGAGAAACUCUGUGCCAAGCAUCAGAGAAGUCUGGAAAUAUUUUGCAAAACGGAUGAGACUUGCAUCUGCACCAUGUGUGUGGUGACUAAACAUAGUGGCCAUAAAAUGGUCAAGCUGGAGACAGAAAGAGGGCAAAAACAGCGCAGUCCUCGGUCCUUCGGGCUCCUUCGGGAUCCUUCGGGCUUCUUCGGCAUCCUUCGGGCUUCUUCGGCCUCUAGAGCGCGCAUGCGCGGGAGUUAG